CAAAUCCCCAGCCUGGGAGCGUUUUUAGGGGAGAUAUUUGGGACCCACAAUUUCAAAAUUAUUCCAGGAAUUGCUGUUAAAUGUCAUUACUCAAAAUCACCAUCAGCAAACUCUGUUUUCCCUCUUUUUCCGCCAUUUUCAUUUCCUUUAAUUUCUUUCUCUUUCUUCCUUUCAUUCUCUCUCCCUCUUAGGUUUAGGUAGGGAGAAUGAAUGGGGAGGAAAGAGUUCUCGAACUUCAAUAAAAGCAUUUUAGCUGUAUAUUUGAUUUUAUGUUGAGGAUUUAUGAUUUUGAUUGAAGCUUUAUAUUACGAGUUAUAAGAAUUAGGGGAUUGAAUUAGAUGGAUGUGAAAAUGGAGGAUGUAAUUCAAGAAAAAGCGUGUAUUGUCGAGGAAUUAUUGGAGAUUGAUUUUGAUUAUGAGUUUGAUGUUGCGAAAUUCUUUGAUUUUACAAAGAUAGAGACGUCUGAGGAGAUUAUGGAAUCUGAGCUUUGGUUUGAGUUUUUUCAAGGCCAUUUACCUUCCCCUAUGUUAGUCAAGCUGGACAAAGGAGCUGAUGACUUGGCCGACAGCUUUUCUUCCCCGAGGUACGGACCUUGCGAUGCAUAUCCCAUGGACAAUUACAGCGGAAAGCCUCAAUAUUCCUUAAAUAGUGAAGGAAAAAAAGGAUCAAUGAUGUUGAAGUCGAAAUUGAAGCCCACAUCCCAGUCGAAGUUCCCAGUGAACUCAAGACUGUUACAACCUACAGCAAGCCAUUUAGCCAAGCAAGAUCAAUAUACAGUUGCCCAUUCAACAAGAGUUUCCAGAAGGCAUCAGAGACAUGGAAAUCCACUCAAGUCUCCAGGAGAAACUGAUGCAACCAAAAGACAGAAGUUAGAGAUUGGUUACUUGCGCAAGGUUGCUCAGCUUAAACAUCUAACUAGUUUUUUACACAAGCCAUCUAAAAAGGUUGGAACAACUGAUGUAAACUCCCAUGCCAAGCCAAAAACUACUGUUCCAAAAGAACCAAACUUCGCAACAGCAAAUAGAGCAAGACAAAGUUCAAAUUUCAGGUCCAAGAAUGCACCAGAACUGGGAAAUGAUGCAAAGUAUAGUGGCUCUUCCUUUAGAGCAAAGCCCUUGAAUGGAAAAAUUCAAGAAACACAGUCGUCUGCUCAAACAAAGAUUAAAAUCAAACCACCCUUGCCCAAAUUUCAGUCUGAAAAUGCACGGAGUGGAAGGAUUGCUAAUGGUAGUAGAGUGCCCGAGUCUAAAAGUCAUUUCAGGGCUAACUUCAACAAAGCUUUACUGCAAGAGAACUCUGAUCAAGUCUACAACUUCACAGCUCGUCUAGUUAAUAAGAAGAUAUCAUCGACUAAAGGAGAUAUUGGUGUUCUCCAAAACUAUAAGGAGAGCACAGUUUCAAGGGAGUUUAAGCUUCGCAGUAAUAGAAAACUUUCCCAAAACCCACCAUCUGAAAUGUUCAGCAAGCUAUCUCUUAAUCCCAAAACUCAUCCAAUUUCACUGCCUGGACAAGAUCUUCUUGAAGUAAAGGCUUCAAAAAAGGUUUUAUUUGCCAACAUGAAGGAAAACGAGAAUGCAAAUGUAGUCACUGGGAACCCGAUGAGGUGUUUCGGAAAUGCAGGGAGGAUGCUAACAGACAUUGGAAAUCAGAUCACAAGUGCCAGGACUUUCAAAAUCUACUGAGGUACAUAAGGUCGUUAAUUAUAUCUACAAUCUACAUGCUGGAAAUGUAGCAAGUUAUAAAACAAGGAACAUCACUACAAUUGUGCAUAUAGUUUCUGCCUGUGUUGUCAUCACAGUUCUAUGCUUCAUCACCAGUAUGUGCAGCAUUCCGACUUCUCAGGACUACGUUAGGUGGUCGCGUACCCAACUAGUUCAAUCAGUACAUGUAAAUGCCCUCAAUUGUUUGUAACAUCAAAAUAGUUAUGUAAAUAUAAGUCUAAUUUCUGCUGAUGUACAGAAACAGAACAUUCACUGAGGGUGUAUCAAAACGUUGUUGAUGUACAUUUUCCUCAAGAAUUUUCUUUUCCUU